AGUGUCUGUACAACCAUGUGACUUCACAAGGGCAGUUUCAUACAGCAUAAAUGAGGUCUGUUUUUGAUAAUUGUCAGUAGCUGUUUGAAGAAUCACAAUGAUGUUCUCCUCCAACUACUUCCCGUGCCUCCUCCUGGCCUUCCUCGCCCAACAAGCAUCAGCCGGAACACUCUCUGGAAAUUCAUCAAAUUGCCCAGUACCAGGUCGUGUAAACCAGAAGCUUCAAGCCCUCUGUGACAGACUGGCCAACAUUUCCCACGGCAUUAAUAGUGCCCUUGAAAUCAUCGAUGAACAGUGUCCGUGCCUGAGUGAACCCCCUGAGUGUUACGAAACAAGAGUCAACGCCUUCUUGACUGCUCUCCAAAACUUCUCCGAUGCAGUACAGACUGUCAAGGCCGACGCUCCACAAGAGUGUCCGGAUCGUACCGGUGCGGUGUUUGUGGCGUCGUGUGAUGGAACUGAUGUUGUCGUCGUGGAUCCUAAUGGCUUCAUCCAAAAUGGCAUCACUACAACUGAAAAUGUAGAAGGAUGGACAUUGUCUGGCCCCCCCAACGCGAUGUCUGACUAUGCAUUAUCUUACUACACAAACGCUAGUGUUGUUUCAGUCGUAUGUAAAGCCAUGCCAUCCGGAGUGGAUACACCCCUAGGAGGAGAGGAUAGGACAGUACUAAGCAUAACUGGCAUUGCCUUCAAUCCUGCCAACGGAGGCUUCGUUUAUGUAGCCAUUACCACGAAUUUUGCUCCGAAUGGUAUCUAUACCUUCUCGAGAGGAGUCAUCGCCGCCGAACUUCUCUUCUCCUAUGAUGGCGACACUGGCAACAUUAAUAUUUGUGGCGACUACGUGUACAUGAGUGACGACCAGAAGAUCAUCAGAAGACCGCUCGGCAGCACAGGCGACUGGGAGCAAGUCUUGAAGUAUUCACUGCCUCCUCUGGAGUUCGUGGUUCUCGAAGAUGGAAGAAUUGUGUUCUGUGAAACAUCCGGUGCCGUGUUGAUAUAUGAUCCUACUGACAAAACAUACAGACAGCUGAAAGAGCCUACCGAUGGUGACUGCUGUGGUUCAAUUAAAGUCAGCCCCUGUGAUGAUGACCUGAUCUACAUCGCAAACAAAAACGAUGCGGAUAUCGAGAUCUACAAUGCUACAUCACUUGAAUUCGUUAGUUCAUUGACAUACACCACGUCGACUCCCUCUGCAUGCCCGUCUAUUGCUUGUGAUCCAACAUUGUGCUGUGCAUAAACGGGAUUCCAUGACGGAUGAGCUGAUAUCGGAAGCAACGUUAUCUGAACGUUAAAGAAUAAAAAAAGUGUUGUGACUUUGUUUUGUGAAUAAACCUUGUUACACUUAUAA